CCGCCUAUAAUAGUUGUUCUUCUGAGUUUUCUGGCCGCUUGAGUCGAGAGACGUGUUCAUCGCAGCAAAAUGGAGGGCAGAGUCAGCGCUAGAACAAGAAGUUGUUCGUUAUUACCUGGCGUGUUAAGUUUGUUGUUCGUUUUUUGCUUGUUGAACCAUUUCGUUGCCGCUGUCAGUGCACAAGACCCGAAGAAGGAGCAGGAGUGUUACAAUUACGCGGGAGGGCAUGUCUACCCCGGGGAGGCGUUUAGGGUGCCAGUGUCCGAUCACUCUCUGCACCUCAGCAAAGCAAAGAUUUCCAAGCCUGCCCCCUAUUGGGAAGGUACUGCGGUGAUAAAGGGAGAAUUUAAAGAGCUCAAACUAACUGACUACAGAGGGAAAUAUCUUGUGUUUUUCUUCUAUCCCCUGGACUUCACGUUUGUCUGCCCCACUGAGAUCAUCGCGUUCAGCGACCGCGUGGAAGAGUUCCGGGCGAUCGGUGCCGAGGUGGUGGCGUGUUCCACUGACUCGCAGUUCACACACCUGGCAUGGAUAAACACACCUAGAAAGCAGGGCGGACUUGGCCCAAUGAAGAUCCCUCUUCUCUCAGACCUCACGCACCAGAUUGCUAAGGAUUACGGUGUAUACCUGGAGGACCAAGGACACACACUCAGAGGCCUUUUCAUUAUCGAUGACAAAGGAGUGCUUCGGCAGAUCACAAUGAACGACCUUCCUGUCGGUCGAUCGGUGGACGAGACCCUUCGUUUAGUGCAGGCCUUCCAGUACACUGACAAGCAUGGAGAGGUGUGUCCUGCAGGCUGGAAACCUGGCAGUGAAACAAUCAAUCCUGAGGAUGCUAUGAAAGCAUGGUGGCCAAGGGAAGACCUAUAAUACCAGACCCCUCUGGAAAACUGAAGUAUUUUGAUAAACUAAAUUGAAAUCAACACACAGACAUAUCAUCAUUUGUUUUCCACCGCAAAUUAUUUUCACUGGGUUCUUGCAUUUCAGUUACUCAAGUUCUCAAUAAAGAAUGGUUUUGCUACUA